CCUCUUAGCAAUCCACGUUAGCUGCUAACAAACAAAACCCCAGCACAUUCAUCACAACAGUCACGUGUGUCCGUUGUGUCGCACUGUUUGUAUAAUAAAGAACCUCAACUGCAUUUAAACAUCAUUAAUUACAGUGAAGAAGAAUGGACGUUUAUCCCGGAGUCACCGGCGAUGAUCCAACAAAACAACAAGAAAGACAUUACUACCUGUUGUCCGAACUGCAGACUUUAGUCAAAGACUUACCAAGCUCCUUCCAGCAGCGUCUGUCCUACAACACGCUGAGUGACCUGGCCCUCGCGCUCAUAGACGGGACGGUGUAUGAGAUCGUGCAGGGGCUCCUGGAUAUUCAGCAUCUGACAGAAAAGAAUCUGUACAACCAGAGGCAAAAGCUGCACAGUGAACACCAAGCACUCAAACAAGAUCUUUUACGAAAACACAAAGACGCUCUGCUGUCGUGCAAGUCUCACAACCUUGGGCUUCUCAAAUCAAACCAACAAGCAGAGCUGGAGGCGCUGGACAUGCGUGUGCGAGAGGAGCAAAGGAUGAUGGACAAGAAGAUCGUAGCAGAAAUCGAUCAAAAGGUUAUCGACCAGCAGAACACCUUGGAGAAGGCGGGAGUCCCUGGGUUUUAUAUCACCACCAAUCCUCAGGAGCUGACGAUGCAGAUGAACCUACUUGAAUUGAUCCUCAAGCUACAACAGAAGGAGUCACAGUCUGGCAUACUAUGAGACAGACUGUGAAUAUAAGUGGCGAGAGCUUACGUGUCCCAGUCUCUGUGAGAUUCAACGUACCUCGGUUCCACGUGGAACACUGCUGUUUGUGAGAAGCAACAAAAAGGAGACAAUGUUGCACCGAGUGUCGUCACCACCAAAAGCAUCACAAGGGAGGAUUGAUCAUCAAGUAUUUAAGUGAGAUAAUAACUAUAUAUCUAUUAUAAUCUCAUGGACUUGUGUAGCACUUGUAUUCCAUUUCACACGUUGUGAAGUUAAGAUGGUCGUUUUGCUUCAAACACAUUUAAGGAAUACUUAAAAACAACAUUUGGGACGAAAAGGAAACGCUCUAUUCUCCCGUGUUUACACAGACAACAGCUGAAGCUGAAUUCUGUAUCUGUUGACAUGAAAUUGAUGUUUUGCUGUGCAACAAGUUGGUUUUAAAGGUUGUGUGCAAUGGACCAGGACCUGCCAUCAGCCUCAGCUUACAGUGUUGACCUCAGCAGAGAAUGUAAAACAGAAGCAGGGAGCAUUUGUUGUGGUGUUCUAAUAUCAGUGUCUGUCAGACAGAGAAUGGUAGGCAAAUAGAAAUCAGUCACUCGUGCAAUGUAUGGUGAUUUUUGUUUCCACAUCUGCUUUCAUAAAACAAAUGUUUUAACACUAAA